AUGACAUGGUGCAUUAAGCUGCGUGGCCCACUGUUCCUCUCCAUGUUCAAUCCCGUGGUGUUGGUGGUCUGCGCCGUGCUGGGGUGGGCGUUCCUCGGUGAAAAGAUACACCUCGGUGAUGCGGUCGGAUCGGUGCUUAUCGUGGUCGGCCUCUACCUGGUGCUAUGGGGAAAGGCCAGGGAGGCGCGCGAUCCGCCCCACGUCGAGGAUGGUUGUGGUGCCAGUGUGUGA